UGGCCGGAGGUCGCGGUGGCCCCAGUGGUCGUGGGCUCCGGGUGGGCUCGCGUCAUCCUGCCCCGUCUGCGAUGCAUCCGCGGCGCCCGGACGGAUUCGAUGGCUUGGGCUAUCGGGGCGGUGCCCGGGAUGAGCAGGGUUUUGGCGGCGCUUUCCCUGCCAGGUCCUUCAGCUCCGCGUCGGACCUGAGCCACUGGGUGACCACUCCCCCAGACAUCCCCGGUAGCCGCAACCUGCACUGGGGCGAAAAGAGCCCGCCCUACGGCGUACCCGGCCCCUCCACCCCGCUCGAGGGCCCCGCGGAGGAACCGUUUCCCGGCGGCAGCAGCGGCGGCGGUGGCGGCGUGCCGGGACAGAGCACCGAGCAGUUGAAUAGAUUUGCUGGAUUUGGUAUUGGCCUUGCAAGCCUCUUUACAGAAAAUGUACUGGCUCAUCCUUGCAUUGUUCUACGCCGCCAAUGUCAGGUUAAUUAUCAUGCUCGGCAUUACCAUCUCACUCCGUUUACAGUCAUCAAUAUCAUGUACAGCUUCAACAAAACUCAGGGACCGAGGGCCCUUUGGAAAGGAAUGGGAAGUACGUUUAUUGUCCAGGGAGUCACACUUGGAGCAGAGGGAAUAAUAAGUGAAUUUACACCUUUACCAAGGGAGAUUUCACAUAAAUGGAAUCCUAAACAAAUAGGAGAACACCUUCUACUAAAAUCCCUAACUUACAUGGUGGCAAUGCCUUUUUAUUCAGCAAGUCUCAUUGAAACAGUACAGAGUGAGAUCAUUCGCGAUAACACUGGAAUUUUGGAAUGUGUAAAAGAAGGAAUUGGAAGAGUGAUUGGCCUCGGAGUGCCUCAUAGCAAACGACUGCUCCCACUCCUUUCUUUGAUCUUCCCUACGGUGCUGCAUGGAGUUCUUCAUUACAUCAUCAGCUCAAUCAUUCAGAAGUUUGUCCUCCUAAUUCUAAAGAGAAAGACUUAUAGUAGCCAUCUAGCUGAGAGCACUAGUCCAGUGCAGAGUAUGUUGGAUGCUUAUUUUCCAGAACUUAUUGCUAACUUUGCUGCCAGUCUUUGCUCUGAUGUUAUACUUUACCCAUUGGAAACAGUCUUGCACCGCCUUCACAUUCAAGGAACACGCACAAUCAUUGACAAUACAGACCUUGGCUAUGAAGUGCUUCCAAUUAACACACAGUACGAGGGAAUGAGAGACUGUAUCAAUACCAUAAGGCAGGAGGAAGGAGUGCUUGGUUUUUAUAAGGGGUUUGGUGCUGUUAUAAUACAGUACACGCUGCAUGCAGCUGUUCUACAGAUUACCAAAAUUAUUUACUCCACCCUUCUUCAAAAUAGCGCUUGAGGUUUAAGUUCCUGGUUAGUCUAAAAGAUAUAAUCUGGAUAAUUUGUUAUGAAAUUAUGAGGGAUAAAAGUGAAGUACUGGGGGGAAAAUGGAUUCAAAAGUGAAACUGGUAGGGAAAGCCCAUGCUGAUAUAUGGACUCUUCAUUUUUUAAAAGGCAUAGGUACAUAUUUUGGAUGAAAAGUAUUCCAAAUUCGAAAACUCAGUGAAAGUAACACUCAUGCAUUGAAUUCUAGCCAGUGUAGCACUCAUGCUAAACUAAAAUCAUCCUGGGCAGAAGGAGAAAUUUGUCAGCAAACAUAAAACAAGAUUUCACAGAGCUGAAUUUAUUCCAUCUGACUUAAGAAUUUAUUAGAAGUUUAUUUCACCUUCUAGAUUGAUACUGCUAUGUCAUCCUUAAUAGAGUAUAUAGUACCAAUAUAGUUUACCUUUAAGUAAAUAAACUAUGUCAUCAGUGAUAAAGAUGGGAAGGACUGGAUUUGCCCACGUGUAAGCAGGACUUGAGUUUUAAAUUGCAUUGUCCCUGUGUAACUUCGUAAUGGCUAUAUAUUUAUUAUAUAAAGCCAUUUAUGUACAUACACGGAACUUGGAAUUUCCUUCAUCUCUACAAAUUUUCCACUCUGAGAUCAGCUUACUUCAUAAAAUGAAGUCAUGUACUUUCUGCUUAAAUGGCAGAACAAAACAUUAAAGGACAAGGUACCCAAAAGAUUUAAGGCAAACAGUAUAUUUGUCCAUAUUCAAACCCAGCAUUUCAAUGCCAGCAACUGAAAAUUCGUUAUAUGUUUAUAAAGUUUGAUUUGCUUACCUAGAUAUGUGAAUCAUCAGGGCCAUUUUUAGAGCCAUUCCUAAGAGCAAGAGAGUAAAAAAUAAUCAUGACAACUAUUAAUGUUUCCAUAUUUACAAAUUGUGUCCUGAAAGGAAUGUCGCUUGCCUUAUAUUUCUGAAUGACUUGUCUUAGAGGAGACACAAUUAAAAUUCAUGUGAAAGUGUGUGCCUCUUGCCUUCCAUAUAGUCAUCAUUAAAUAAUGGCUUCAGUUUUUAUUAAUAGUUUCAUUCUCAAACUAGAUAUACAUAAAGGGAAAAGCAAGUUUAUUUCUUAUCACCUUUUGUUUAAACUUGUUUGAAUGAAUAAUGAAGAAAAAAUAAAAACAUUAAAGGGUUCGUCCUGCUUUUUGUGGAUGAGGAAAAGAAGUAAAUCUCAAAAAUAAUAAGCAAAAACAUGGUUGUUGGUAUGUUAAAAAAAAAAAAUUCUGCCUGUUCCUAAAUUGAAGUUGGUGGGUGAGGUUCUUUGUAUAAUAAAAUAAUAAGCAUUUGACCGAUACAUCAUUAAACAUUUUAGAGUUUCAUUUCCUCACAGGAGUGAUCGCAGUUUUACUACCAACCAUUUAGCACAUAAGUGCAAUGAUUUUGCACCAAUAUUGGCCAACCUAAAACUGAGAUUUACUUGCUAAAUGUCAGCGUAACAAUUAAUUUUUGUGAUUAAUAGUUUUAGAACCAAAAGAUGUUAUCCAAAAAGUGUCAAACCAUAUGUAAGUAGCAACUCUGUCUAUGAUCUUGUGUGGUAUGUGUGUGGUUUUUUAAAAAUCACUAAAAUACAUGUUUUC